AUGACUGUCUUACCACCUACUGUGACUCCCCUACCGUGUCCACCUGGUUCGGACAUUGAUUUCGGGGCCGAGAUUCGAGGGAUUGAUCUAGAACACCUGAAUGAUGAGCAGUUUCAAAUGAUAAGAAAAGCCCUCUAUGAGCAUCAUGUGGUGGUGUUCAAAAACCAAAAAGGACUUUCACCCAAGGCUCAAUAUGAAUUGACCAAGCGCUUUGACCCGGCCUCCGAGAACUAUGGACACGGCAAAACCAUUGACGCAAAGAGAAGUAUUUUGCAUCCGGACCUGAAAACCGUGCCUCAUCAGCCACAGGUCCAGGUGAUUGGGAAUGGGCAAGUUCAGUCAUAUGAAGGCCUAAAGGAUAUUCAGCUGCGCCACCCUCACCACCGAACAUUUCACCAAGAUCACAUCCCCGAUGACAAAGAUUAUGAUUUCACUCGGUUCUAUCGCUGGCAUAUUGAUGCUGCUCUGUAUGACCUAUAUCCGCCUCAGGUGACGACACUGUUGGCUGUCCAGGUGCCAAAGGGUCGCCGUCAAACACUUCUGUAUGAUGACGGAACGGAGGAAGCAAUGAACGUUCCCCUGGGUACGACCGCAUUCGUGAGUGGUGAGCGGAUGUUUGAGCUUCUCUCGCCUGAGGAUAAGGAAUUCGUUCGAACGAGCAAGAUCGAAUAUGCACCUCACCCAUACAUCUGGAUGAGUGCAGCCCGCUCUCGAUCCACCGGAUUAGGCUUGCACUCAGAGGGACUCGAGCUGCCAGACUCGGAGUUGCCACCGAUCGACCCUAGCAAGAUCAUGAUCUUCCCAAUGUGUUGGAAAAAUCCCGUGACGGGCAAGUUGGCUCUUCAGAUUCACCCGUCCGCCAUCUUGCGAAUUCACUGCGCUGAUGGAACAACGAUUGACGACCUAGCCCGGGUCCGGGAUAUUGUUUAUAAACUACAGCGACCGGCCAUCAGUCCCCAAUAUGUGUACCCCCACGACUGGGUGGAGGAUGACCUGGUACUGUUCAACAAUCGUGGUGUGCUGCAUUCGGUUGUAGGUGCAUUCAAACCGGACGAGGUACGAUUGUUCCGCCAGUGCAAUCUGGCGGCUUCCGAUCCUCCAGUCGGCCCCUGA